AAUGUUGUAUAGAAAAAAAAAAAAAAGAAAUGUCUGAACCCGAAGGACUGAAGCUGUUUUUACUUCUUCUGGAUCAGAAGACGCGUCUGUCUGCUUAGAAAUGAUUAGUGAGGAUGCUGUGAUUCAUCCGGCUUGAUAUACUACAAGUACAGGUACUACUAUCACUACUACUACAGUUUUCUCCAGAGACAAAAAUACUCCGCACUCAGGUGGGGGGGGGGUCAUGGGAAGCUUCAAGGGCCACGCGCUCCCCGGGAGCUUCUUCCUGGUGGCGGGCCUCUGGUGGACGGUGAAGUUCUCGCUGUGGCGCGCCACCCGCAGGAACAAGAACAUGGGCUCCACCCGCCUGGCCAGCAGGAGCUCACAGCGCCGCCUGGAGGUCAUCGAGAGCGCCGCGGCUCUCUUCUUCUCGUUGGUCGGGAUGCUGGCAGAGCAGUUUGCGGCGGGCGGGCCGAGGUUCCGCCUCUACGACGCGGCGGGGAAGCACUGGGAGCUGCUGAUGAACUGGCAGCACGCCACCAUGUACCUGUUUUUCGGCCUGGCCGCGGCCGCGUCGCUGGUCAUCCACACCACGGACGCCGCGCCGCUGGCGCUGGACCGCCUGGUGCUGGCCGUCGCCUUCUUCAACGAGGGAUUUAUUUUCUUCUACCACCUGCACGGCCGCAGCCUGCUGGACGUGCACGUGCACCAGCUCCUCCUCUACGCCGUCUUCGGCGAGGCUCUCGUGGCGUUCCUGGAGGUCUUCCACCGGGGCAACGUGGUCCUGGAGCUGCUGCGCUGCACCCUCACCCUCCUGCAGGGCAGCUGGUUCUGGCAGAUCGGCUUCGUGCUGUACCCCCCGCGGGGCCCCGAGUGGGACCUCGACGACCACAGCAACGUGAUGUUCGUCACCAUGUGUUUCUCCUGGCACCUGGCCUCCGCCAUGCUCGCCGUCAGCGCGCUCCAUUGGGCCGUCAGCUGUGUGGUUCGCUCCCGACUGAGGAGGACUCCUCCGAUGGAAAUGGGUCUCCUGAAGCCCCGAGACCAGGAUCCGGAGUCAGAGGACGAGGUUCUAUGAAGGAGGACCAGGUUGUGACUCGUGAACAUGUCGCGUUAAAUCAGGGAUGUUCGCAGCGGUGCGACGAGAAGCCAAGCGUGAAGACGCAAAAGGGACGUUUUCCUUUGUUAUAAACACAUUAUAUCUCUACGUGUGCCUUAAUUAAUCUGAUGUAAACCCGUUCAGCCGUCAAUCAACGCUACAUUAGCUGGCGCGAUUGGGGCGGCUUGAAUCGCGCCAGCUAAUGUAGCGUUGAUUGACGGCGGGAGCAGUUGGGGGGUCGGGUGUCUUGCUCAGGGACACUUGGACGUGGAGCAGCCGGGGUUCAAACCGCCAACCGGCCUCUACGCCGCGAUCGCCUGCUUAUUAGACUGCGGUCUCAUACCUUUCACACGGGUCAUAUCCUUUGUUUCAUCGUUAACUUCACUGUGUGUGUAACUGAAGUCACGAGUCGGCUCUUUAUGGUUUUCUUUUGACACAAAGUGGCGCCGGAAUCAACACUAAAAACAAGUCCUUGAUUGUGAUUUAAAGAAUAUUGUUUCAUUUCAAUGUUGCCAAACAUGUGAUACAUGAUACAAGUGCUAAAGGAAUGAAUUUGAUCAAAAUUAUUAUGUUUACACUUUGUUCAUAUUGUUACAGAUUAUGACGUCAUUGUUGAUACUGAAUUUUCUUCAUUAUUUCCUUUUGUUUUUGCUGUAUUUCGUCAGCGGGGAUUUAUGUUGUUUGUUAUUACAGGAAUAACCAAAUGUGUCACUAUGUUAUUUAACCAAUAAAACAGUCAAACCCG